GCAAAGAAAAGCCCAUCCCACAACCAUCAUGUAAACAAAACACAAAUGUAUCUAUUCACAGGUGAUGUGUAAAUCGCCCAUUACCACCUUUUACAAGAACGAGAACCAGCAAUCACCGCACUAUAAAGCCCUUGCAUGCAGAAUCAUUCAUCACUCAGGUCAGGAACUUUGGUUAAGGUCUGUAAACAGAGCUGAAGAGAUGCAAUCGUGUGAUUUCUGCGGAUACUGCCCUGGCGAGAAUACCCACGGUGUCUCAUUCAAAUUCCCUUUAAAAGAGGAACAUCGUCGUCACUGGAUAGUGAAUAUGGGGAAGGACGCGGAAUGGACUCCAUCUGGAUCCUCGUCUCUGUGCUCCGCUCAUUUCACUCCAGAUUGCUUUGAAUCCGGAUCAGCGCGUUUACACUCAGACGCGAUUCCGACUCUAUUUAAUUUCACACAGUCUAAGAAUCAGAUGCUAAAGGACACUGAAACUCUCCCACCACAGCAAGGAUCUACUGAAUCCUCUGAGUCUUCCAGAUCAUCCUGCUCUGACUGCCAUAAGCAUCUGCAGGCCACGGAAAGAAAUUACCAGCUGAAAUUAGCUGCUGCUCAGCUUCAGAUAAAAGAGUACAAGAAGAAUCUAGCAGAGGAGUCACGGAAAGCAGCACAAUGGCAGAAGCGAGCAAUAGUUUUGCAGAGCGCUAUCAGAGCAAUGAAACAAAGGGGGUCAAUACCUGCUUCAAGAAAAACAUCUACACCUAAAAACAAUCAUUUGGACUGAAAGAACACAUAGUCCACACAGCAAUUUUCAAAAUACUUAUACAUAUAAUUUACACUUUAUAUGUAUACAAAAUAUUCUUACCAAUUAAAAAAUACACGUACUAUUGCAUUUUACAUAAGCAACAGUGAACACAAGACAGGUCAUGAGUUAAAUAAAAGACAAAAAAAGUGCAAGUUUAACUUUACACAAAAAGAAUAAUGGUUACAGUAAUUUAAAUGUAUAGCACCAACGGACAUUUUACUACAGAAAUUCUAUGCUGUCAGUCUACUGACAACAACAAUGUAACAUUGAAUAAAAAGAUGUUUCUGCAUUGUUACGAUAUAGAUAUAUUCACAUAAUGACCCUGCUAUAAUUAAAAACAACUUUGGCUGAAAAAUAAAAUGAUAAAUCCUGA